AUGUGAAGUUAUAGCAGUUUAUUGCCUUAAAAACUUUCUAAUAUAAACUUUUUAAGGAACUUUAUGAUGGAAAAAUGUUGCUUAUUUAUGAUAUAGUGAAAUUGUAGGGGUUGGGUGGCAAUGCCUUGAAAAUUAUCUAUGGUUGCGUCAUUUCAAACUCUGAAAACGUUUGCUGCAUGAUUUAAAAAAUUUACGACAAGAUUGCAUUGCAAAUAAUUUAAGCUUAUAAAGGGCAUUUUGGAAAGUUGGAUUUGGAUGGUAGCUUUCAUCAAAUUGGAGCCCUCUUUCUUUAUGCGAUCAGUUUCUUUCCAGUCGAGGAUGUGAUUCUUUUCUUUAUUUAGUUCUCUCCACUCUCGUCCCCUGUGUCCGUGCUUACUUCCAGAUCGGUAGAGAGGUGGUCUCCAUGGAAACUGCUGACAUCAGUUUCAGAGUAGGCCAUUAGUUGUUCUGGCUUCGGGGCUUUCAUUCAAGAAUAUUUACUGCCCAGUCUAAGUGAUAAAAAUGCCGUCAAUUGUCGAGAAAAAAGAAAACGAAGAAGUUAAAUAUCCGAGAAUCACACCAAAACUCAUCAAGCAACUGUGCAAAGAACAAAAGCUUUACACAACUCCACAUCUCAAUGAUGUUUUAUAUUUACAUUAUAAAGGGUUUGCCAAAAUAGAGAAUCUUGAAGAAUACACUGGAUUGAAAUGUCUUUGGCUGGAAUGUAAUGGAAUCAAGAAAAUUGAGGGUCUUGAAAAUCAAACAGAACUCAGAUGUUUAUAUUUACACCAGAACUUGAUUUCUAAACUUGAGAAUCUUGAACCACUACAGUUUUUGGACACAUUGAAUGUCAGCAACAAUAUCAUCGAGAAGAUUGAAAAUAUUUCAUGUAUACCAAAGCUGAACACACUUCAGAUUGCCCACAACCGACUAAAAACAGCAGAUGAUUUAAGACAUUUACUAGAAUGUCAUUCAGUCAGUGUUUUAGAUUUAUCAAAUAAUCGCAUUGAAGAUCCAGAAAUCUUAGAAGUUUUGUCUUCCAUUCCAGAUUUACGAGUUCUAAAUUUGAUGGGAAACAAAGUUAUCAAAAUGAUCCAAGAUUAUCGAAAAACUGUAAUUUUGAGAUGUAAAAACUUGCAAUAUUUAGAUGAUCGACCCGUCUUCCCGCGAGAAAGAGCCUGUGCGGAGGCAUGGGCAUUAGGAGGCAGGGAAGCUGAGCGAGCGGAGCGUGAUCGCUGGAUUAACAAAGAAAGACAAAAGAUAAUGGACAGUGUGCACGCUUUAAGCAAGAUAAGGGAAGAGGCUGCAAAGAGAAAAGCAGAAAGGGAAGCAGAGACACAGGAGGAAGAUAAAAUUAGUGAAGAAGAGUUGAAAGCGAGUGAUAAUGAAAGUGUUAAUGUUGAUCCCACUAGACAGGAAGAAGAAAAUGAUAAGGAAGUCUUAGAAACGUCUCCUUCAGAGAAAGCCUUAGUUUCCGAGGUACCAACAGAUCUGCCUGCCUUAGAAUCGAUCGAAACAACUUUUGAACAAACAAGUGAUACUGAAUCAGCGCAGAAUUUGGAUGGUGAGGAAAGUUCACAAAAUACCAGCGAGCCUAAGUUAGAAUCUUUUACUGACGGCGUAAUCUUGCCUAAAACUUUUAUUUGCAAUCAAAACUUAAUAGAAAAGGACGAAAAUGAAUUGCGAAUCAGAGAGCCCAGAGCAGAAACAUCUGAAGAAAUUCCAAUGAUACAAGCAACGAAUCGAAACAAAGUGGAAACGAUUUUCUCAGCAAGCAAAACAAACGAGAAUUCAUCAGCCGAAUCAUCAGCAUUUUUGCUAGGUGGCUCUUUGCAAGACGACGAUUUGGAAACCAUUGAACUGGCACCAAGUUCUAAAACCAAGAGACCGUUAAUUGAAGUUUUAGGGGAAAACAUAGAAGAGAAAUUGCCUCCCGGGGAAUUUAUGAUUGCAGCAGUGGAGACAACCAGAAAAAUAAACAAGGCUAGUACUGUCUCCCCAUCAAUCGUAGUCGCGGAAGGAAAAUCUGAAGGGAAAAAAACUCCUAUGAUUGAAGUCAUUGGUGGCGAAGCAGACAGAGGCACAUCAAAAGAUGAGGCAGAAGACCUAAGCGAUCAUGAUGAUGAUCCUAUUUGGAAACUUGCAGCCACUGUAGGUUCGACUAUUUGAGAAGAAUCCUUUUGACUGGAGAGUAGUUAAAUUUCAAAGCUUUAAAACAGUUACCAAAGGCGAAUAAAGAUGUAAUUGCCGGGAAACCAUUGACAAAUGGUAUCUGAAGGCUUCCGAUCCAUUCAUGCACUUUCCACAAAAUACUGUUUAGGAAUUUUCUGUUCACAUUUCAUUGCAGCACAUAAAUUUUUCGGCAAACUGUUCAAGGGUUUUGGCAAGGACUAUAGAUCAGAUGGCGAUUGGACAUAUUUUCAAUUUAACCAUACUUCCUCUCUCUAGGAAUUUAGAGUUUAAACAUAGAAAGAAAAUCAAGGGUUUUGGUUCUGUUAGGAAGCAAGUUUGAACUUGAUCAAAUUUGUUUCCAUUUGAAAUGAAGACAGUCGCAAAAUAGCACUGACUGUUUGCAUUUUUCUUAAAUUUUACACUGGUUAUGAAUACUUGAAUGUGAUUUGGUAUCCCAAAAAGGCCAAAAAGGCGGUACAUUCGUUUCUCUAUCCUCACACCAAUCAGCUACAAAAUAAUUUUUCCAAAUUGAAGACUAAGUAACACCUUUGAGUGGAAAGACCAAGGGCUUUUCUGGGUGGAAGACAAAUGGUCCGAAACUCUCUAAACACAUCAGUUUUGGCUGGAGAAAAUUAACAAAUCCUUGGAUGACUAGAACGUUUUCCAGCCAUUGUGACUCAAGCUACUAUGCGAUUGAUAAAAAUUUUGCAGAUUGCCAAUAAUUAAAGAAUUUUUACAUUCAAAGAUUGAUAUUCAAAAAUUUUCAUGCAUAUCUGAAUGAAAAUUGUAAUCCUAUGAAUCAUGUUAUGCACUAUGUAUUAGACAUUGCAGGGGUUGCCAACCUAAACCCACCAAACACCAUCCUUGUUUGCAUUUUAUGCCACUGCUUCAUUAGAAAUCAUGUUAACAAAGCUCGUCUUAUAAUAUGUAACAUUUUAUCUAAACAUUAGUAUUUAACUGCUGUAUAUAUUUGUUCGUUGAACAAGCCAUAAAUGAGGGUGAAAUGGUUUUGAGAAGA